CUGCCAGCGUCACUUUCUAGUCCGGCCAGCAUUGAGUCUCCAUCUCAUUUUUCACCUCAUUCUCUGUCGUGCCUAAACUUAUCCAAAAUGAGCUUCAGAAGAUCCAACAUGCAGCCAAUGUCUUCUUCCCACAUCUCCAUGACCCGCUCCACACCUCAGCAUCGUGCAGCCAGCAUUUAUGCAGGUGCUGGUGGACACGGUGCCCGCAUUUCCUCUGCCUCCUCAUCUUCCCUGCGGUCUGGUGCCCCAAUGACCUCCUCUUCCUCUGCCUUCAAGCUGAGCAGUGGAAUGGGCUCUGGUUUUGGUGGUGCCGGUGCAUCUGUGGGGACCGGUGGUGGUGCUGCUGCUAGAAUCCAGGGCAACGAGAAGGGAGCCAUGCAGAACCUGAAUGACCGAUUGGCCAACUACCUGGAGACGGUAAGGAACCUGGAACAGGCCAACAAGGAGCUGGAGAUGAAGAUCAUGGAGGCUCUGGAGAAGGGGGGACCCGACAUGAGAGACUACAGCAAGUAUGAACCCAUCAUUGAUGAUCUACGCAGACAGAUCUUUGAUAAGAUUUCAGAGAAUGCUCGCUUUGUGCUCCAGAUCGACAAUGCCCGUCUUGCUGCUGACGACUUCAAAGUAAAGUUCGACAAUGAGACGGCGAUCCGUCAGUCUGUGGAGGCCGACAUUGGUGGACUGAAGAGAGUCAUAGAUGAUACCAACAUGGCCAGGAUGAACAUCGAGAGCGAGAUUGAAGCUGUGAGGGAGGAGCUUGCUUUCCUAAAGAAGAACCAUGAGAAUGAGGUGAUGGAGAUGAGGAAUCAGAUCUCCCAGUCAGGCGUGCAAGUGGACGUUGACGCUCCCAAAGGUCAGGACUUGUCCCAGAUAAUGGAGGAAGUGAGGAACAACUAUGAAAAAAUUGCUCUGAAGAAUGCAGAAGACCUCAAACAAUGGCAUGAAAAUCAGAUUGCGGACGUGCAGGCGCAGGUAUCGCAGAACACAGAAGCUCUCCAAGGAGCCCAGGUGGAGAUUGGUGACUUAAACAGACAGAUACAGACUCUGGAAAUUGAACUUGCGUCCCAACAGAGCUUAAAAGCCUCCUUAGAAGACACAUUACGCAACACAGAGCUACGAAACAACAUGGAAAUGGAGAAGUACAAUGGCAUUAUUAUCCAUCUGGAGGAGGAGCUGACCAAAUUGCGUGCAAACAUCCAGCAACAGACCCAAGAUUAUGAGGCGCUGCUCAACAUGAAGAUGAAACUGGAAGCUGAGAUUUCCACUUACAAGGGUCUGCUGGAUGGUGGAGACUUCAAGUAAGAGUUAUAAAGAGAUGGAGGAGAAAAAAACAGAUCGAGGCUCCAGGAUGCACUGGAUGAGCUGGCCGCCACAAUCUAAUUCAGAAUCUGAGACCAUCCCAACAGAGAAAGCAGAAGAACCCACAACUAUCCAUUAUGGAAAAAAAAUGCCAUGCUUCUCUGAUCAUCUGAAGCCAAUUUUUAAGACCACAUUCCAUGUAAACCAUAAAUGAGUUAAGCAAUUCUGAAUAAAGGCAUUUGACCACACCACAGUGAAACAGGGCUAUUUUAAAAGCAACCAGUGCCUGAUCUGACAAUGAAAUAAAAAUGAAUAAAACCACUUCUUGAC